CUCUCUGACACGUAUUCUCUCUCUCUCUCUCUCUCUCUCUCUCUCUCUCUCCCGCUCUUCUUCUCGUCUCCUCGGCUCUCCGCCGCGGUGAAGCGGAUGGGAUUCUAGGGUUCCGGCUGCGAUGGGCUGCCUCCACUCCAAGACCUCCAACGUCCACUCCCCCGACGACGACUCCCUUACCGCCGACAAGCCAGAUCUACCGAAUGGAGACGGGGGCGAGCAGGAUCAGGUGCCGGCGUUCAAGGAGUACGGGUUGGCGGAGCUCCGGGCGGCGACCAAGGGCUUCAGCCCCGAGCUGAUCGUCUCCGAGAGCGGCGAGAAGGCCCCCAACGUCGUCUACCGGGGGAAGCUCGACGGGGGCCACCUGGUCGCCGUCAAGCGCUUCUCCAAGCAGUCCUGGCCUGAUGCCCAGCAGUUCGUGGCGGAGGCGGCCGGGGUGGGGAAGGUGAGGCACAAGAGGCUGGUGAACCUAAUAGGCUGCUGUGCUGAGGGGGAUGAACGUCUUCUUGUGGCAGAGUUCAUGCCAAAUGACACGCUCUCCAAGCAUCUCUUCCACUGGGAUAAGCAGCCACUACCAUGGGAAAUGCGAGUUAGAGUUGCAUACUACAUCGCACAAGCACUUGAUCAUUGUAAUUCUGAAAAUCGGAAAAUCUAUCAUGAUUUAAAUGCAUAUAGAGUUCUUUUUGAUGAGGAUGGUGAUCCUCAUUUAUCUAGCUUUGGUCUCAUGAAAAAUAGUCGGGAUGGAAAAGGUUACAGUACGAACCUAGCUUACACUCCACCAGAGUUUUUGCGAACAGGCAGGGUCAUUCCAGAGAGUGUAAUAUACAGUUAUGGAACAGUUCUGCUGGAUCUUUUGAGUGGGAAACAUAUCCCUCCAAGUCAUGCAUUAGAUCUGAUAAGAGAGAAGAACAUGUUAUUGAUAAUGGAUUCGUCUCUGGAGGGUCAAUAUGCUAAUGAAGAUGCUACCAAGCUUGUCGAACUAGCUUCAAAAUGCCUACAAUUUGAGGCUAGGGAUCGACCCAAUUCUAAAUUUCUUCUUUCUGCCGUGGCACCCCUUCAAACACAAACAGAUGUGGCAUCAUAUGUUCUAAUGGGCCUGACUAAAACAACAGCAGUGCUACCAACAAUGCUCUCCCCGCUUGGAAAGGCUUGUGCACGGAUGGACCUUACUGCUGUGCAUGAUAUAUUACUUAAAACGGGUUAUAAAGAUGAAGAAGGUGCUGAAAUGGAGCUUUCCUUUCAAGAAUGGACACAACGAGUGCAAGAGAUGUUGAAUACAAAGAAAUUUGGCGAUAUUGCAUUCAGAGACAAGGAUUUCAAAAGUGCAAUUGAGUACUAUUCCAAGUUGGUGGUGAUGAUGUCGGUUCCUUCAGCUACUGUUUUUGCUAGACGGGGCUUGUCAUACCUGAUGAAUGGCCAACCAGAGCUUGCCCUCCGGGAUGCAAUGCAUGCACAGGUGUGCAUACCCGAAUGGCCCACAGCCUUCUAUCUGCAAGCUCUUGCCCUUUCAAAACUUGGAAUGGAAACCGACGCCCAGGAUAUGCUCAAUGAUGGAGCUGCCUUUGAAAUGAUUCAAAUGAAGAGGCAGAACAGCUGGCGAGGCUAGAUUUUCCCUGCGGCUGUUUGGGUCUUCUUGCCUACAUGCCUGUCUUCCUUGUGCUGCUUCCACACCCCACAUCUGUGUCAUGAGUCGUUAAUUGCAGCGGGAGAGAAACUGCAUGCUUGGUUAGGUGGGUGCUCAGUGCUGUUUCUUCCAACAAUGGAUGUUGAGAAAGAGAGAUGAAUAGAAUGUUCGGGAAGUUUAAGUAGGUACUUAACUUCGAGCAGCUAUGCAUUAUAUUAUCAGAGGACAUAUGCCUGAGAGGUGCAAAUUGCAAAUUGUUUAAUUUACAUGAUUAUUUUUUACAAGAUUAGAAGACUGUAAGCAUGCAAGCACCAUUGUUGAUGCCAAAGGAGGGUAUGUAUUAUAGCCGAUUAUCUGAAGGGGACAACUUUCUCAAUUUGGAUGCAAAUAUGUUCAAAAUAUAUUAUUCUAGAGGCGGUCUUUGUGGCCAAUUUUGCAUA